UCUUCUUGUUCUGAUGGGUGAAGCUCCGAAGAUAGUGCAAAUCGAAACCAGGUACGUGCAAACCGAUGCUGUCAACUUCAGAGACGUCGUUCAGAGCCUCACGGGAAAGAACUCCUCCACAGAUUGGAUAGGGCUAAAUGAUAGAUCUGCCGCUGAAUCAUGCUCAAAAGGAGGAAUCCCUCAGUCAAAGGAAAUAGGAGCUGCUUCUGCUGCUUCUGCUGCCACUUAUGGAACCAAUGAAACUCUCUCACCACCUCCUUUUUCUUCCUCCACGCAUCUGAUCAAUAACAUCUCCUUCAAAGACUUUGAUGGAUUCAUGCUGCCUCCCACCGAGUUGAUGCCAUGGUCAUACUCAUAUACCUAGCUACCAUCACAAUAAGAGAUUCGCAUAUCAUCAUUCUUUCACAGAAUUCAAUUCAUAUUAUAUUUAUUUAAUAACUGCAUGAGAUGUUUUAUUUCAUAAUGGAAAGCUUUUGGCCACUGCUUUUUAUCCAUUAUAUAUAUGUAUGUGCGUGUCACUGAACUCUCAGAUUUUUCUUAUUUACUGUUGCGUUUUCUUACAAGUAUAUAUGAAUGGGUUAUUGCAGUUGACAGAUUCUACCUAUUUUUCAUAAGCAAUCGUGAUCCAGUUAGACAGAAUUAUUGCAAGAAA